UAAAAAGCGAGUCAAACACUCCCUGUGCUUUUAUCUUUGAACGACGGAGACUGUGAGGUUUGCUCUGCUACGUGUACAAAACGAUUCAGCUCCGGACGAAUCUAUACUGUGUCAGCGUGUGUGGUCCACGCGCUGCUGCUACGCCUCUGGAAAUUCGCACUUCUCAGCCUACAUCUCCUGGUCGAAACCCCCAAUCAGGCCGAUUCGGUAGCUUAUUAUUUUGGGGACACUUGUUUAAAGGCUUAAUUGAUGCAGUUUGUGGGGGACUGCUAAUUAUUGUUUUCCGACAUUGCUGCUGAGCUUGUUUCAUUUCGACAUGGGUUCCUCGGAUCCAAAUGGCGAGAAAGCACUAGUGCCAAAGGAAGAGAUGUUAGAUUUUGAGUUUCCACCAGAUACCUUGUACUCAAGGCAGGCUGGGGACAAUGCUGCAAGCUCAUCGGGAAGCAAUAUAAGAUCAUUCUUUAUAGGAAUGGGAUUCUUACCAUCCCUUGUUGACAAAGUGGUCGAAGAAAAGGGUGAAGACAAUGUUGACUUGUUGUUGGAAACUCUCUUUGCACAUUCUGCUCUUGAAAAACAAAGUUCCGAAUCAUCAGAUUCUCUCGAUAGCUUGUUUGAUGACAAGGAAGCUAGCAGCCCUGUCAUUCGACCAAAAGAGGAGCCUGAUGUACAUAAUGGAGUUGAUGAUGACAAAAGAGCAUCCUUACUGAUGAUGAAGUUCUCUGUAAAUGAAGUUGAAUUUGCAAUCGAUAAGCUUGGUGAAGAUGCUCCAAUAAAUGAAUUAGUGGACUUCAUAAGUGCUGCCCAAAUAGCUCAAGAACUUGAAAAGGAUGCAGAUGAUACAACUCGUGAUGAUGAAGAUAGAAAUGAGCAUACUAAUAAUGAAGCCUUGUUUGGGACUAUGGAAAAAACACUGCGUUUGCUUGAGAUGGGUUUCUCAGACAAUGAAGUGUCGUUAGCGAUCGAGAAGUAUGGUACAGAAAUUCCUCUUUCAGAACUUGCUAACUCAAUAUUUGGUGAUCAAGUUGCUGGUAGCUGUGUUGACUAUCGAAAAAAAAAAGUUGCUAGUAGCUUUGUUGGAGGAGAAAAGUAUUCCUCAAACGCUUUUGGUACGGUAAAAGUGAAGACAGAAGAUUUUGGUUCAGAUGCUGUUUCUCAUUUAAGAAAUAUCAAUGUAGAGCAAACCUUUAAAGGAAAAAGGACAAAACAAGAGCGUUCUGAUGACUUUCCUGUUGGUGUUUCUCAGUCUCGGCGUAUUGAUUUUUGGGAAAAUAGUAAAGGGAAAAAACUGAAACAGGAGUAUCUUGAUGACUCAAAUUCUUCUGUUGACACUACAUGGGUGGAAGAAAAAGUUGACCUGAAAAUCAUCAAAUGUGGAAGUUCAAAUCUAUUCAAAGCAAAUCCGUGCAAAAGUGUUGAUCGAAUGGUAGCUAAACCUCCAUAUUUCUUUUAUGGAAACACAGCGAAUGUGUCUCAUGACUCUUGGGCAAAAAUUUCCCAGUUCUUGUAUGCACUUGAGCCUGAAUUUGUUAAUACUCAGUUUUUCUCGGCCUUGAGUAGAAAGGAAGGCUACGUACACAAUCUUCCCACUGAGAAUAGGUUUCACAUCCUUCCAAAGUCUCCGAUGACCAUUGAAGAUGCUAUACCACAUACGAAGAAAUGGUGGCCAUCAUGGGAUACAAGGAAGCAGAUGACCUGCAUCAGUUCUGAAACUAGUGAUUCAUCUCAGCUCUGUGAUAGGCUCGGAAGGAUACUAACUGAUUCCCGGGGACUGCUCUCAUCUGAACAGCAGAGAGAUAUCCUCCAUCAUUGCCGGACGUUAAAUCUUGUAUGGGUUGGCCAGUAUAAGUUGGCUCCUAUUGAGCCUGAAUAUAUAGAGUGUAUUCUAGGCUACCCACCGAAAUACACUCAUGCUGCUGAGAAUAGCUUAAUAGAAAGACUUAAAUCACUCAAAUACUGCUUCCAGACGGACACAUUGGGCUAUCAUCUCUCGGCAUUGAAGUCAAUGUAUCCAGGAGGGUUAACAAUGUUGUCAUUAUAUAGUGGAAUCGGUGGGGCAGAAGUUGCUUUAAACCGGCUUGGCAUCCGUUUAAAAGGUGUCGUGUCUGUAGAGACUGCUGAAACAAAGAGGCGGAUUCUCAGGAGGUGGUGGCAAAGUAGCGGACAAACUGGGGAGUUGGUGCAGAUUGAAGACAUUCAGAGGCUAUCAAGUAACAAGAUUGAGAGUCUCUUUAAAAAAUUUGGCGGUUUUGACUUUAUCAUUUGCCAGAACCCAUGUUUUUCAAGUUCUAACAUGGCUGCAGAAGAUGACACUCCCGCACAUUUUGACUUCUCAUUGUUUUAUGAGUUUGUUCGUGUUUUGCAACGUGUAAGAAGUAUGACAGAAAGACAGGUGAGUAGGUAACAAUUUGUUGGCUACUAUGCUGGUUCUGGUAGUCUAAUUUAUCAAUGAUCAAUCGAAUAGUCCUUUUCUUUGA